AUUUCUUCUCUCCUCCCCCCUCCACCCCAACUUCCACCUCCCUCCAACUUCAACUCUCAAAUCUCUCAGUGGAGGGUCUCGGGAAAAUUCCUAUCUUCGUUUCUCUUCUUGUCUAACAAUGUCAUUGAAUUUACUCCGAUCAGGAGUAUUUUUAUUCCUGCUUUUUUUCUCAAUCCAGUUAAUUACUCCGUCCCAAUCAGCUGUUUGUAGCAUAGAUCUAGGUUCAGAAUCGUUGAAAGUCGCCGUGGUGAAUCUAAAACCUGGACAGACUCCAAUCUCAAUCGCGAUUAACGAGAUGUCGAAGAGGAAAACACCGGCUCUGGUUGCAUUCCACGACAACAACCGUUUGAUCGGCGAAGAAGCCGCCGGACUCAUAGCUCGGUACCCAAACAAAGUUUAUUCCCAUCUCCGGGAUUUGCUCGGAAAACCCUUUAAUCAUACGAAGACAUUUCUCGAUUCCUUGUACUUACCAUUCGAUAUUUUCGAGGAUUCACGGGGCGUUGCGGCGUUUCAAGUAGAUGGUGAUUCUCGUGUUGCUUAUUUGGUGGAAGAGCUUGUGGGGAUGUUAUUAGGUUAUGCCAUGAAAUUGGCUGAGUUUCAUGCGAAGGUUCCGGUGAGAGAUAUGGUGAUAACUGUGCCGCCUUACUUUGGGGAAGCAGAGAGAAAAGGGUUGAUUCAGGCUGCGGAAUUGGCCGGGAUUAAUGUGCUUUCGCUGGUGAAUGAGCAUGCUGGUGCGGCGUUACAGUAUGGAAUUGAUAAGGAUUUUUCCAAUGGGUCUAGGCAUGUGAUUUUUUACGAUAUGGGUGCGAGUAGUACUUAUGCUGCUCUUGUGUAUUUCUCCGCGUAUAAUGCUAAAGAGUAUGGCAAGACUGUGUCUGUCAAUCAAUUCCAGGUCAAGGAUGUCAGAUGGGAUGCAGAACUUGGAGGUCAAAAUUUGGAACUAAGGUUGGUGGAGUACUUUGCGGAUGAGUUCAACAAACAGCUUGGAAAUGGGGUUGACAUAAGGAAGUCUCCCAAGGCAAUGGCUAAAUUGAAGAAACAGAUUAAACGUACAAAAGAAAUUCUUAGUGCAAACACGGUUGCUCCAAUUUCAGUUGAAUCUCUUUACGAUGAUCGUGACUUUAGGAGCACGAUAACGCGCGAGAAGUUUGAAGAGCUUUGUGAAGAUCUAUGGGAGAAAUCUCUCAUCCCUUUGAAAGAAGUACUUAUGCAUUCUGGAUUGAAGGUUGAUGAGAUACAUGCUGUGGAGUUGAUUGGAGGUGCCACUCGGGUUCCUAAGUUGCAGGCUAAGCUCCAGGAAUUCCUUGGGAGGAAAGAUCUGGACAAACAUUUGGAUGCUGACGAAGCUAUAGCUCUUGGUGCCUCGUUACAUGCUGCCAAUUUAAGUGAUGGAAUCAAAUUAAAUCGUAAGCUAGGGAUGGUUGAUGGUUCUACAUAUGGAUUUGUGAUUGAAUUAGAUGGUCCUGAUCUUUUGAAAGAUGAAAGUACUAGACAGUUGCUCGUACCACGAAUGAAAAAACUACCCAGCAAGAUGUUCAGAUCCAUUGUUCACAAUAAAGAUUUUGAAGUUUCACUAGCCUAUGAGAGUGAAGACCUAUUACCACGUGGUGUUUCUUCCCUUACAUUUGCUCAAUAUACUGUGACUGGUCUGAAUGAUGCUAGUGAAAAGUACUCAUCACGUAAUCUUUCUUCCCCAAUUAAGGCCAGUUUGCAUUUCUCUCUCAGUAGAAGUGGGAUAUUUUCUUUGGAUCGAGCAGAUGCUGUUAUCGAGAUAUCUGAAUGGGUAGAAGUGCCUAAAAAGAAUCUGACAGUGGAGAACCUAGCUUCUGCUUCCCCCAACAUAUCAGUGGAAGCUGAUCCUAGAAACGCUUCCGAAGGAAACAAUGACAACUUGCAUGUGAAUGAUGGGUAUAAUAACACAUCCAACUCCACUGUAAAUGAUCAAAGUACUACAGAUCUUGGUACAGAAAAGAAGCUGAAGAAACGGACAUUUAGAGUUCCACUGAAGAUUUUUGAAAAGACUAUGGGGCUGGGAAUGCCACUUUCAAAAGAAUCCCUUGCUGAAGCCAAACGUAAAUUGGAAACACUGGACAAAAGGGAUGCAGAGAGAAGAAGAACUGCAGAACUGAAAAAUAACCUCGAAGGAUACAUAUAUGCUACUAGAGAAAAGCUUGAAACUUCUGAGGAAUUUGAAAAAAUUUCUUCCAGCCAGGAGCGCCAAUCCUUUAUUGAAAAACUUGAUGAGGUGCAAGAUUGGUUGUACACUGAUGGAGAAGAUGCUUCUGCCACAGAAUUUCAAGAACGCCUAGAUAUGUUAAAUGCCAUUGGUGAUCCAAUAUUUUUCAGAUAUAAUGAGCUUACUUCAAGGCCAGCUGCAUCUGAACAUGCUCGAAGAUACCUUGGUGAGCUAUUACAGAUUGUAAAUGGAUGGGAGAAAAACAAAUCUUGGCUUCCAGGAGAGAGAAUAGAUGAGGUGCUAAGUGAUGCUGAAAAGGUCAAGAAUUGGUUAGACGUGAAGGAGGAUGAGCAGAAGAAGACUCCUGGAUUUAGCACUCCGGCAUUUACAUCUGAAGAAAUAUAUGGGAAGAUAUUUGAUCUUCAGGACAAGGUUUCAAGCGUCGAUAGAAUUCCCAAGCCAAAACCUAAAGUUGAGAAACCGACAAAGAAUGAAACCGAGAGCAAUGGGGACAAAGAGAAUACCUCCAGCUCAACUUCUGAGGAGACUUCCUCCCAAAAUGAUCAAACAUCAGGGAAUUCAGAUGGCUCAGUCGAUGACAAAGCAGAUCCUGAACCCGAGGUUCAUGAUGAGUUGUAA